CACCAAAGUCACUGUCCUAAAUUAAAUUUCCCUUAGCUAUACCCAAAUUCAACUUUCCUUUCAACCCUUUUCUUCCCACUUGCUUACUUUUCAAUGCUUAAGUAAGUACACUAGUAGCUUACUCCAACACUAAGACAAAAACACCCUCUUUUUUCUUACUCACAAAGAUGGGAUCUGUAUCUCUGAAAAUAGGUGAUGGAACUGCCAGAUUCAAGAGAGCUUCUUACUGUUCUUCAGCUCUAAAUCUGCUUAUGCUCUUCUCUGUAGUUACAACUAAUCUUUUUGCUUUAUAUGCUUUUACUUCUUCACCCAAGAACCAUCAUAAUGCUUCUCAUCUACUUCUACAUACUCACAAGAACAUAUCUUUGAUCUCAGAACAAGUUUCUUUAAUCCUCAGAGAGAUUGAUUCAUCACAAAAGAAGUUAGCCCAAAUGGAGAAAGAGCUUUUAGGAUAUGAAAGUAUUGAUCUUUCUAAUUCCAAGAUUGCAACUGAGCUGAGAACUUUCUUGCAACACCAUUUACUUCCUUUGGGUAAAGAUUCAAGAACUGGGAUUACUGAAAUGGUAGCUUCUGUCGGACAUUCUUGUGUUAAAUCUAUGGAUUUGCUGUCUCAGUUUAUGAAUUAUAAGGUUAGUGGGCCCUGUCCUGAUGAUUGGAGUCUUGGUCAGAAGCUGAUUCUUAGUGGUUGUGAGCCUUUGCCAAGAAGAAGGUGUUUUGCUAAGAUUAUUCCUAAGGUUGGUUUACAAUCUUUUCCUGAUUCACUUUAUAAAAAUUAUAGUGAUAAGAUUUAUAGUUGGAGUGGUCUCGGUUGCAAGAAUUUAGCUUGUUUAAAUGCUAAGAAGUUGAAUAGGGAUUGUGCUGGUUGUUUUGAUAUAGUUAAUGGGUAUGAGACUCAGAGAUAUGUUAAGGGUAGGGGAAAGAAUGAUUUCCUCAUUAAUGAUGUGUUAGCAAUGGGAAAUGGUGGAAUUAGCAUCGGGUUCGAUAUUGGUGGAGGAUCUGGUACUUUUGCUGCUAGAAUGGCUGAGAAGAAUGUGACUGUAGUUACUGCUACUUUGAAUGUUGAUGCACCGUUCAAUGAAUUCAUUGCUGCUAGGGGUCUUUUUCCUUUGUAUUUAAGUUUAGAUCAUCGAUUCCCCUUUCAUGAUAAUGCAUUUGAUUUGGUUCAUGCGGGAAAUGUAUUGGAUAUUAGCGGCCGCCCUGAGAAAUUGGAGUUUUUAAUGUUUGAUAUUGAUAGAGUUCUGAGGGCUGGAGGAUUGUUUUGGUUGGAUAAUUUCUUGUGCACCAGCGAAGAUAAGAGAAGCGCGCUAACUAGGUUAAUUGAACGUUUUGGGUACAAAAAGCUCAAAUGGGUUGUGGGUGAGAAGAUCAAUGGAUCUGGAAAAUCUGAGGUUUAUUUGUCUGCUGUUCUGCAGAAACCAGUUAGAGUUUGAUGGUAUUGCACUUCUCUGUGAUCGUCGGGGCAUAUAAAUGGUGCUUCUAGGGGUAGAUUUUCUCUUAGAGAAGUUAUGCAAGUUCAUCAUUUGACAUCUCAUUAAUUCCUUUUGCAACAUAGAAUAAGUGAAUACAGUCAUCUUCUUUACUCAACUGGUAAUCAGCAUCUGAAGGAGACUGUUUUGGCUUUAUGGCAGGUAUCAAUAUAUCUACAAUCUGUAAUAUUAUUCACUUAUCCUUGUAGUCAGCUAGAUAUUGAAAGAUCCACUUGAGGUUAACGGGAAAAUGAACAUGGAAUCUAUUGGAAUUGGCUUGAGCCGUCUGUAUCAAUUUUUUAUUUGAGUUUACAGAAAAAUGUUUUUUCCCAAAUUUCGUUCACAGUCCAGAAUUCCAGCUUCAGUUAAAUUGUAUUAUUGGGAUAUAAAUCCUCUCAUCUUGUCCCUUGAUUAAUUCA